AUGGACGACCUGACGCAGCGGCUUCCUCACGACGUGCUGGCCGACGUCCUGCGCCGCCUCCGGACAACGUCGCCGUGCAGCCUUGCGGCGUCCUGCUGCGUCUGCAAGGCGUGGUGUGCCGUCGUUGACGCCCACCGUCUGCUCGCGGAGCUCCUGCCGCAGUCGCUGACCGGCAUUUUCGUCCAUCUCGAGGGCUGCACCACAGCCCCGAAGCUCUUGUCACUCGGCGUGUCGUCCGUGAACAUCGCGCCCUUCGACUACUUGGACACACGCGACCACGAGUGCCUCAAGAUCACGCAGCACUGCAAUGGGCUCCUCCUGCUGAGCGACAAGGAUGAUGAAGAGGUAUGGGUGCUUAACCCCGCCACACACAAGUGGGCGCACCUGCCUCCCCCUCCGGCCAUGUGCACGCCGGGUUUGGAGGACAGCGACCAUGCUGAAGAAUAUUACGAUGACCAGUACCUCGUGUUCGACCCCGUCGUGUCGCCGCACUACGAGGUCUUUUUAGUUAAGUCCGUUCCCUCCGAUUCAUGGCCAUACGAGCCCCCUCAAAUACGAGAAAGAGAAUGGCCGCCAUCGACAUUUGUCUUGCUCGUCUUCUCAUCGAGGACAGAUCGGUGGGAAGAGAGGCCUUUUGCUCGCGACGGGGAGGCCGCAAGGACCAUCGGCUACCUUGUUGGAUGAUUUCUCACCCGAUCGCCGCUAUGCAGCAUACUGGCGGGGGGCACUUUACUUUCACCAACAUGAUUUCAUCCUAAGAAUAGGGAUUACAAAUGAUAAAUACCAAGUAAUUGAGCCACCCAAAGGUUUUUGUUGGAAAGAUUACCAGGGCCAUAAUUUAGGGAAAUCAGAGAACGGUGUAUACUGUGCACAACUUGAUGGCCAUGAUGGCCUUAGACUUCGAAUCUGGCAUCUUGACGAAGCAGGCGAUCAGAGAAACUGGAUGUUGCAGUGCGACAUGAACAUUCGUCCUCUCCUAGCAGAUUUCUCUUGGGAACAUAGCGAUAGUCACUUAGAACAACCAUGUAUCAAACAUACUAUACUUGGAUUUCAUCCGAACAAAGAGAUUGUCUUCUUCUUCCACACAACCUCCAAAAGAGUGAUAUCCUAUCAUUUCAAUAGCUCCCAGAUCGAAGACCAUGGCUGCUUAUCCGCUGACUGCAUAUGCUUGUCUUUCCCAUACACGAUGUGUUUGAUGGACGAGCUUUCAAGCAACAAACAGUAGCUUAGCUAAAAUACCAUGGGAAUUAGUAGCAUGUUUUACUUGUUCAUGUUCUUUGCACACAAGAGUGGUUGAUUCAUCAUUAUGACAACCUCUGACUAAAUUUAUUUUGUAUUUGUUAUGAUACAACAUGGCUUAUCCAUGGUAAUGAAACAACACGGAGAAGUCUUAAAUUGUA